AUGCAACUGUCUCAGAUCAUUGGUUUCGCUGCCCUUGUAGGAGCUGGCAUCGCCGAUGCGGCCGCUGUUGUCUCGUACGCGGACGGCUACGAGCCAACUGCCGGUGAGCACGCUCAAAACCUCGCGAGAGCCGCUGAGCCGGUUGGUCUGGAGGCUCGCGCUGGCAGCGCCACUGGUUGUGUCCAGGCUCACUGCUACUUCGUCGCAAGCAACAUUGACAAUGAUGUCAUUAUUUACGAGAUUUACCAGAACGGCGAAUAUCUUUUCCAGCUGAAUGGUGGCUCCAGAUCCAUGGGCGAACUUCAAUGGAACGGCCUCACCGAUUACAAGGGCAGAAAAUGGGGCUUCAAGUCCAACGGCCAAUGCACGAGCAUGUCCUACAUCAACAACUUCCAGUCCAAGUAUGACUACUACCCGCUCACCAGAACCGACCUCCAGUCCUCGCCCCGGGAUUGCGACCCUUGCACAGAGAGCAAGAGUGGCAAGCAAAAGUGUAGCAAGUGUGCCCAGAAGGAGGCCAUCUUCUCGGAUGGCCCCAGCGGACAGUGCUAUGGCUACAACGGACUGUCGAGGUGCGAUUUCAGGUCCUACUGUGGCCGCGUCAACGGAAACGUCCGCCUUUGCGGCACCAACAACCAAUGCCGCUCUGGUUAA